CCGGGUCUAUCUGAUCCGGAAAGCCUACCCCGAAAGAAAUCCUUGCUGCUUUCAUCUCCGGGGGUUUGCAAGAGGUCGACCUAUAUGUAUGGAAUGGCGAUACAUCUUCUCUGGAAUCUGCGCAUUUCAACGAGGUGCGGAACAAAAUCUCCGGAACCACUAGUUCCCCCUUUUCACAGGUCGACAGUCAAUGAGCCACCCUUCCGGGGAGUAUGGCUAACUCGGGGGCUUACUGAACCAGAAAGUCAUGACCGAACAGCUUCUCGUUUUCCACGGUUUGUAUUUCUUGUUGAAUGGAAAAAAGUCUUCCAGCGAUAUCCAUGGCUAAAGCUCUUUCUUGCCGACUUCUAA